ACGUUACAAGAAACCGCCUCCUGAACAAUCCUGGCCAUAGUGCACCAACAGAGGACUACGCCACGACUUCGAGGGAAGCCUCCGACGGAUCCACGACAGAUGUCAUGCCCACAUCCCCCAAUCACACUCACAUCUCCUACCCCUCUUCCCCUUCACUCACCUCCUCAUUAUCGUCCUAUUCCUCCUCAACGUCCUCUUCAUCCUCUUCAUCCUCCUCCCUCUCCUCCGACACUUCCUCCUCUGCACCUUCAGUGAGUGGCUCAUCAUCCAGAUAUCAAGGAAACAAUGCUGUUACCAUUGGUGGGAGCAUUGCCACCAUCCAUUUACGAAACCUCGCUUUGAUUCCACCCAAGAAGAGGAAACUCUCUGUUGCCCCUGCUUCUCACACAUCCAGGGAGGAUGAAACAUCUUUUCCACCAACUAAUAAGAAGCUCAAAAUCGAUCCAAAGAAUAUCAAGAAUAACAGUCAUCGUCAUCAACAACACAACAAGGGUCACCCUUCAUCAUCCUCCAAGCAGGUGCCUGUGCGAGAAGUCAUUGUCAUUUCAUCCGAUGACGACGAUGAUGAAGAGAUGGAUCAAGUCCAGAAAGAUAAACAUCCCAAGCAGGGAGUGCCAACAGCUGUUUCACCAACAACAGACAGCCAUCAUAAAUAUGAGCUUGACCCUGUUUUCCGACGAGUUGUGGAUUCUAUCUUCCCCGUCUUUGAGGCACACAACAAGGCCACACUUGAACGAGCCUUUGCGACGAGUAGAAUCCUCCGAGAGGACUACAUUGUCACCCGUUAUUUGGGAAGUGGAGCCAGUGGUUUUGUACUCGCUGCCAAGCGUGUUUUUGAUGGACGCGAGGUCGCAAUCAAGGUCAUUCCCCACACUGGGGAUCAUGUGGAGCAGAAAGUGCAGCGAGAGCUGGACAUCUUGUUGCGUCUGAAGGAGCAUGAGAACAUCCUUGAGUUCUAUGAACAUUUCACCUCCUCCCUCUAUGGUGAUAUCGAUCCAAACGACCAGUCCAACAAGGACAUCUCGUACAUUGUAGCAGAGAUGGGAGGGUUUUCACUCUUUGAUUUUAUUGAGCUACACAAGCCUGUCCAAGAUGAGGAUGCAUCCACGCGAUCCAAGAAUCUUCAGGAACUACCACGGUCCACGUCCGAGCCACCAUCCAUUUAUACCUCAACCAUUCAAGAGAGUGCACUCCGGUCCAUUUUCACUCAGCUUGCACGUGCGCUUCAUUACCUGCAUUCGCAGAAUAUUGUCCACGGUGACAUCAAGGACGAGAACGUGCUGAUCAGCAUUGACAGAGCCACGAACACAUACCGCGCCAAGCUCUGUGACUUUGGUCACUCAAAAUACUUGACGCCAGGAAGCUCUCCUUGCUUCUCGUUCUACGGAACCACCAUCUUGGCUCCGCCCGAGAUGGACAAUAACGUAGCAGCACGUCAGAAAUCGAAGCAGCCCAGUAGCAGUGGCAGACGCCAUGGUGGCAACAACAGUAGCCACGCCACGAACUGGGAUUUAUACCAUGGCUACGAAGCUGACGUGUGGGCACUGGGCUUGACACUAUAUACCAUGAUCCAUGGUGACUUGCCCAAGGAGCUGUACGAGACCGACAAGAAGAAGGUUGCAGCGUACAAGCGUAAGAGGGCAUCCCAUCGGAUGUUCCCUUUUACGCUGCAAGAGGACAUUGACCCAGAUCUUAAGGAUCUGGUCAAGAAUAUGCUGGCUGUGGACCCAGCACGGCGUCUGACGAUGGCCCAGGUGAUCAACCACCGUUGGGUCAUCGGAGAGUCGCAAUAG